GUGAUACACAAGCUUGCGUAUUCUCCAGAUUAUAGUCUUAAUCGUGCCAAUAGGCAUAGCGUAGAAUCGCAGCCCAUUGCCGCCAGAAGGGUGAGGCGAGGGAUGACCAGGGUGGGCUGGGUGAGCUAGGGGAUAAUUGCCACAGCAGCGUCACGUGGACUAGGCAAUUAUGUGCGUUGUAGUGGUAAGACAGAGGGUCUUCACUCCAUUCACUCCGAGCCUGCCCGGAAGAGUAUAUAAUAGGAACGCGGACCUCCGGAGGAGGAUCAGCGUUCAGUCUUCGUAAUACAAGAGGAUUCUAUGUAAUAGCCAAUAGCCCAUAAACGUGACUUCCAAACUACACUGUUCACCCGAGGAUCCUUACAUACUACGGACGCACUUGUUAAGUGGAUAUUGUGUGGGGACGACUUUUUGACUACGAACCGGCUGAGGCCCGACUUGAUCGGAUGAGUUGGAAUGUCAGUCGAGGAUUUUCUCUUAGUAUUUACUUUUCGCGAUAUAUGACUUGGUCCCCAAUGCGAGCCAGCUGGGCCGCUUGAACCGAGUAUGAAUAAAUCAACCAAUCAUACGCCCCCGAACUUCGUUCCGCGACAGCCGCCUCCGAAGCAUCCGGUGUAAGAACAACUUUAAAAUUUAGAACUUCAAAUUCUCCGUUUCAAUCCAAACAUCAUGGGAUCAUUAGCAUGCCACGCUGAAUCUAGCGUCCGGACGUUGAGUUUACUGCGCCGGGUUUGCCACAGCCCAUAAGCACUUAAAGGGAAGAUGGCGCACCAUGAUGUGAAUAUCUCUAUAGAGAACACUAAUAUAAUAUACAUUUGAACAUCUAAUACGGCAAGGUUACCUCAUGACUUACUGCUUACCUCGUGAAUUCCCAAGAAUGACGGACAUUCACGCUCACACUCACACCGACACUCACACACACCCUCACAGACUCAGCCAUCCCGGCCAAGCUGCAUCCCAAACCAGCUCCUCUUACAGCCUCAGCGAUCUCGAAAAUGGAAAUCUCGAAAAAGGAAACCUCGGCAUGGCGGCCCUACAGUCUCCCGCGCCGCGAAUGAAGGCGAAGGCGAAGUUUCUUAGAAAGGAUGGGCGAGCAAAAGCAGACAAGCAUCGGUCGGCAUCGACCAGCCGCCUACGAACCAUAUGCACAUCUUUUCGAUACCUCUACAACCUCACCCCCGAGCAGGUCUCCAACUACUUAGCGUCAUACGUUAUAUACAGUCUCGACUGGGCAGAUGAGGGGCAGAUGAUACAGGCGCUUGGUCCCGAUUACGUUGAAAAAGUCGGCAGCUGCCUGCGUUCCUACUAUGGCGUCCUCAACCACCUAUGCGCCCUUGGCAAUGUGGAGAAGAUGUACAUCCCACCUCUUAUCGACAUCCAUGUGUCGGUACUUGACAAUCAGCUCUUAUACGAGGAGUCGGUGGCGCGGGAUAUCAACCUCAAGCCUGGAGACAAGGCCUUGGAUAUAGGCUGCGGCCGUGGCAGAGUUGCGGCUCACAUGGCCACCUUUUCUGGCGCAAAACUAACAGGCGUCAACAUCGAUCCGAAUCAGAUCGCCCAGGCCAGAACAUACAACGAGGAGCGUCGGCUGGAGAACACAUUUGUAGAAGCAGACUUUAACAAUCUGCCUCUCCCUUUCGCAGACGAUACCUUCGAUGCAUGCUACGAGAUCCAGGCUCUUAGCUUAUGCAAAGACCUCCCCGCUCUCUUUAGCGAACUGCACCGAGUCCUCAAGCCCGGCGCCAAAUUCUCCAUCCUGGACUGGGUAUCGCUUCCAGACUACGACCCAACCAAUCCUCAUCACGAGGAACUGAUGCGCCGAGUAAAACCACUCAUUGGUGCGGUUGGGACACCGACACCAGAAACACUAGCCACAGCCCUGAUGGAGGUGGGAUUCGCAGUGCGGAAGUCGGAUAAUGCGAGCGUCGGUGGGCUGCAGGCGCCACUGAUUGCCAAGGAGGAUGGAUACUUUCGCACCGCGAGGGCGUUGAUUAAGGGAUUGGUUGGCGUUAAGGUGCUGCCGGCGCAUUUGAGAACGUUAAUGGAUAGGUUGUGUUUGGACGGUGAGGCGUUCGUAGAGAUGGAUACGCAGAGGUUGGUUAGUACGAGCUAUCGGAUCAUUGCGGAAAAGAAAGGGCAGUGAAAGAGCACGAAUAUGUGCAUAGCCUUUAGAACUAGGUUUGCCAUUGAGUUCGGGGUUAGUGUGCGCUGAUUCUAAUAUUCUGCUAGGGCAAGGCGGCUCUAUGAUGACUUAUAAAUCACUUUCUUUUGUUUUAAAGCGAGCCGGUUGUUGUAAUAGACUUAGUUAGGAGCCUCCAUAAUAUACUUACAUUGCCUCAGAAUUAGCUAACAACGUGG